CAUCUAUGAUGUCCUUCAUUGAGCAGGAGGCUAAUGAAAAGGCUGAAGAAAUAGAUGCUCGUGCUGAGGAAGAAUUUACAAUUGAGAAGGGUCGUCUUGUCCAGCAGAACCGUCUGAAGAUCAUAGAGUACUAUGAAAGGAAGGAGAAGCAAGUCGAACUCCAAAAGAAAAUUGGUGCAAGCAACCAGCUGAACAAAUCCCGUUUGGAAGUACUGAAAGCCCAGGAAGCCCACAUUAGAAAUGUAUUGCAUGAAGCCAGACAGAAACUUCAUGUCAUCACCCAGAAUGAAACAAAGUACCAGAAGCUUCUCGAGGAUCUCAUUUGCCAGGGGCUCUGUCAGCUGUUGGAACCAGAGCUGAUUAUCAGGUGUCGCCGUGCUGAUCAUAGUCUAAUAGAAACUGUUAUACCACUAGCUGCACAAAAGUACAAGGAUCAGACUGGACGCACUUGUAAAUUGAUUGUCGACACUGCAAAUUGGCUGCCAGCAGAAAUCUGUGGUGGUAUUGAACUUCUCACAAAGGGAAACCGCAUCAAGGUCUCAAACACUUUGGAAGCCAGAUUGGAGAUGUUCCCAACAGAUGCUUCCUGAAAUAAGGGAAAUGCUUUUUGGUGCCAAUCCAAACCGUAAAUUUGAUAAUUAGAUCAUCUGCCAAGCACAAUUUUUUUUUUUCUCCCCAUACCUUGUAAUAGUU